GCAGCAAUGAUGGAGGGAACGACGCUUUGCUGAAGCGUGCCCGUUUCCACCUAAAACAUCUUGCAUAUGUAGCCUAUAUGUAUAUUUAUGCAUAUUUCAACUGAACUGAGGUCAAAGUCAGACUGUAAAUGAUUAAAGGAUUAAGACGUGACGUAUGACACAUCAUUACUGUCCUGUUAUUGUUGUUGUUUUGUCUUUGCCGCACGUUUUAGGGGAUUUAAAGACGAUUAUCAGCUCACGGAACCUGUUCUGGCUGAAAGAAGACGACCUGCUGCUGGGUGUCACUGAGGGUGAUGGAGGUGAUGAUGGUGAUGAUGAUGAUGGUGGUGAUGGUGGAGGUGACAGCGCCUCCUUGUCUCCGCCCUCAGCCGGAGCUGGGUGCGUCACAGCCGGCUCCUCCUCUCCCCACCGGCCGCUGCUGCACACUUCCCAUCCCCAUCACAGGAGCGCGGACAGGAUGGAGGCCCUGCUGAACGAGUGGCUGUGGCAGGAGGAGUUCUGGCUUCCUCCUGGGAUCCGCUGGCAGGACAUCCAGAUGAAGGAGGACGAGGGUCGGUUCCCUCUUCCCAGGGAUCUCGUCUACACCUUACCGCUGGCCUUCACCUUCAUCGCCCUCAGAUACGUCUUUGAGAGGCUGGUCGCUCUCCCGUUAAGCAGAGUUUUAGGUGUGAAGGAUCGGAUUCGGGUUCGAGCUCCGUCCAUCGCGAAGCUGGAGGCGUUCUACAAACAGAGCAGCCGGCAGCCGUCACAGAGUGAGGUGGUGAGUUUGGGGAAGCAGUGUGGACUCUCCCAGAGGAAGAUCCAGACCUGGUUCAGACACAGGAGGAACCAGGACCGACCGAGCAACACCAAAAAGUUCUGCGAGGCCUCAUGGCGCUUUGUGUUCUACGUCGUAGCUUUCACAGCAGGACUCGGCUCUUUAGUUAACACUCCCUGGUUCUGGGAUCACAGAGAGUGUUGGAGGGGUUACCCCAAACAGCCUGUCUCCGAGGCUCACUACUGGUAUUACGUCCUGGAAAUGAGCUUUUAUUUGUCGCUGCUGCUGUGUGUUUCUGUGGACGUCAAGAGGAAAGAUUUCAAGGAGCAGGUCAUCCAUCACAUUGCGACCCUCUUCCUCAUCGGUUUCUCCUACUGCGGUAACUACGUGAGGGUGGGGACGCUGGUGAUGCUGGUGCACGACUCCUCCGACUUCCUCCUGGAGUCUGCGAAGAUGUUCCACUACGCCGUGUGGACGAGGACGUGCGACUCGCUGUUUGUCGUCUUCGCUGUGGUCUUCCUGGUCACCAGGCUGGUGGUGUUUCCAUUCAGAGUCGUCCACACCACCAUGGUGGUUUCUCUUGAGUUCUUCCAGCCGUUCCUCGGUUACUACUUCUUCAACGCUCUGCUGUUAGUGCUGCAGGCGCUGCACAUCUUCUGGGCGUACCUCAUCCUGCGUAUGGUCUACAAGUUCGUCUUCCUGGGAAAGGUUGAACGUGACGAAAGAAGCGAUGAAGAAAGCAACGUGGACGAAGAGGAGGAGGACCCUGAGGACGAAGGUGACGAGUGCAGCUGGGAGCAGAGGAAAGGCACCAUCAACUCCAAGCUGGCAUCGCUGGCCAACAACUGCGUCCUGAACAACCUGACCCACCAGAGGAACAUCAGCAGUCGACUGCCCAAAGCCAGAUAGUGGAGCAGCCUUCAGGAGAUGAACUGCUUUCUGCCACAUCCAGCACGGUCCGUCGAUGAUUUCAGGUCUGCAUCCUGCUUCUCUUCAAAAUAAAACAAGGCAAAAAAAAGCACUGAUGAUUGUAGAUCUUCACAACCAGGUUGAGAUGAGGAGGAAACGCCGUCACUACUGCUGAAAACAGACGUUAAUCUGGCAAAACAGGGAGAUUUCUCACAUCUAAUCCUAGUUUGUUUUGCAGAUUUUGUUAUUUAUGCUUUUUUCUUUUCGUCUUAUCAUGAUAACUUGCGUGUAAAUAACUCAUUUUCACUAAUUUUUUGGUCAAGAACAACAAAAGCUAAACGUUUUUAUUCCAAAUAAUCAUGUAAUAUGUGCUAUAAUAUAUUUUAAAGAGAACAAAGUGAUGUUUUAAUUCACCCCACAGCUCUACACACACGGACGUGGUGUGUUUGAUUGUAUAUAGAAGAUUGAAACACUGAUUGUAGUGAAAUCUGUUGAUACAAACCACUUUUUAGACUAUUUUUAUGAAUCGUUUAUUUAACAUUUUAAUGUCGCAAUCUGUGGCAGGAAGGAAAAAUCCUACAAAGGCGACAAAGUUUUACUUUUCUGACAGGAUUCGGUGGUUUGAGAAUAUAAAUGGCGCCCCCUGGUGCCUGAAGAACAACAUGAACUCCCCACGUCUGACAGACUGAUGCCUUUUACAAACAACGUGCUGAUCCUGACUUACUCCUGUGUUUUUGUUUCUUUUUUUCUACUUUAAAGAUCAAGGCAGCAUGACGUCUCAGCGAGGUUUCCUUUGAGGUUUUUCUCCACCAGACUUUUGUUUUGUGCCUUGGCUGCUGUUUUUACACUCGAUGUUAGAUUUACCUUCACUGGAUGAACUCUUGGGAAAGGCCUUACUGUGACUUGUGUACACGUUCCUGAAUGGAUAAGCCAUGAAAACGGGCAUUAGGGAGAGAUUUCAGAUGGAUUAUUUACAAAUGCUUUAUGUCUCAGAUGAAGGAAAAAGUCUCAGAGAGCAAAAGUUUGUGGAAUAUUUGGAUCAAACUGUGCAGAGCUCCAGCGCUUUACUAGGAAAACGAGGUAACAGUGAAAUGCAUGGAGGCGUCUGAGCUGCUGCUGGACUCCACAUGUGUUCAACAAUACAGAUGUUGUUCAGAAAGCACCACAAAAUGCACACAAUGACAGGGUAGUACUGGGUGGCUGCUGUGUUCUACGUGUGAUAAUCUGAUCUGUAAAGAUGUGAGUAGAAACAGGAUUUAAAGGCGCUGAGGUGUAAAACAUAAAGUGGGAUUUAAAGUGAAGUUAAAAGGGCUGAUCCACAGUUUGUUUUUUAAUGAAUAUAAAAGCAGAGAAAUGUUCUGUUUCCACUAAAGUUACUCCUGACUGUUAUGUUCUGAGUGCACAUGGAUGCUUUGUUGAAAGCUUUUAAUAAAUUACUCCUAUUGGAUCAAUUA